CGCAGCCGCGGCGGAGUUGUCAUAGAGGCGGGGCUGCAGGCGACUCCAGUUUUCCUCCGACUUCCGGACAUCUCCGUGAGAGUCGUGCAGACUGGAGUCAGGCAACCAGUCCUCGCUCCGGUCUCUGGGGAUCCGGACCGCGGCGGCGGCCCCGCGGACGGGAUGUUCCGGGGCUUGAGCAGUUGGCUGGGCUUGCAGCAGCCGGCGACAGGCGGUGGGCAGCCCAAUGCAGACGCUCCACCCGAGCAGCCAUCCGAGACGGUGGCUGAGUCCGCGGAGGAGGAGCUGCAGCAAGCGGGAGACCAGGAGCUCCUCCACCAGGCCAAAGACUUCGGCAGGAAAGUAUAUUUCAAGUUCCAGCUGCCCAGCUUGCAAACUAAGAGGACUCCUAAAGUGUACAGAGACUAUUUAUUUAACUUUGCAUCUGCUGCCACAAAAAAGAUAACUGAAUCAGUUGCUGAAACAGCACAAACAAUAAAGAAAUCCGUAGAAGAAGGAAAAAUAGAUGGCAUCAUUGACAAGACAAUUAUAGGAGAUUUUCAGAAGGAACAGAAAAAAUUUGUUGAAGAGCAACAUACAAAGAAGUCAGAAGCAGCUGUGCCCCCAUGGGUUGACACUAAUGAUGAAGAAACAAUUCAACAACAAAUUUUGGCCUUAUCAGCUGUAAGUAUCUUGUGGUACCCCAGAUAG